AUGAGUUUCCAGAUUGGUGGAAUCUACACAGUUAUAAGAUCUAAGGCCUACAGUUCGACAGAAGAAAUGGGUGAUCAUUACUGUUUGAUAGGUCCUUACUCAGAGGUGUGUGCAAAAACCGAAGUUGAAGAAGCAGAUUUUCAUGAAAAAAGUCCUUUAUUUGAUUCUGUCAGACUAUUACAAGAUCAAGGAUUUAAGGUUAUAACAGGAACAUGGCUAGUUGAUGGAAAUCCACAAAUCAUUUUAUUGGAUAUAGGAAGUGCAGCUUGGAAACUGGAUGAAUAUAAACAAGAACUAUGGAACUCCUGUAAUUUUGGUAUACCACAUUUAGAUGUUGAAGCAAAUGAUGCUGUCAUUUUUGGUUACUUAGUUUGUCACUUUAUUACGGAGUUUCGAAGAUUGGCGAAAAUAUCAUUGAAAACUGAUCCCCGAAUUGUUGUUCACUGUCACGAAUGGCAGGCAGGAGUUGGUUUGAUCGCUUUGCGCACCCGACAUAUUAAUGUUGCCACAGUCUUCACAACUCAUGCUACGUUAUUAGGUAGAUAUUUAUGUGCGGGAAAAACUGAUUUUUAUAACAACUUAAGCAAGUUUAACGUUGACGAAGAAGCAGGAAAACGUCAAAUCUAUCAUAGGUACUGUAUGGAACGAGCAGCUACACAUUUAUCACACAUAUUUACUACAGUGUCUGAUAUAACAGGAUUUGAAUCGGAACAUUUACUUAAAAGAAGACCUGAUGUUAUAACACCAAAUGGAUUAAAUGUUAAAAAAUUUUCUGCCAUACAUGAAUUUCAGAAUCUGCAUGCUGUAAACAAAGAAAAAAUUCAUGAGUUUAUUCGAGGUCAUUUUUAUGGACACUUCGAUUUUGACUUGGAAAAGACACUUUAUUUCUUUAUUGCUGGACGGUAUGAGUUUGGAAAUAAAGGUGCAGAUAUAUUUAUUGAAGCUUUAGCAAGAUUAAACCAUUAUUUAAAAGUUUCAAAGAUGGAUAUAACAGUCACAGCUUUCUUGAUUUUUCCAGCUAGAACUAAUAAUUUUAAUGUUGAAUCUCUGCGUGGACAUGCUUCAACCUUGUAAGAUCUUGUGAUAGCAUGCCCGUAAGCAGCAGCUAACCAACGAUCAUAGAAGU